CCCCACCGCAUAUCAUGACUUCCACCGAGCCCGGUGUCCCCAUGACCACGGCCAUGCGCGCUGGCGUCUACGCGCGGCGGCCGCCCCCCAAGACCCCUCUCGAUCAGCUGGCCUUGUCUGUGGCCAUGCGCGAGGGUACCCGCAAGGCGCACGAUCGUGCCGAGUCCGCCGGCUUCUUUGAACGCCUCUUCAAGACCCCGGCCUCGGGCGCGAAGCCCUUCCGCCAGGAGGACUUCGGCCACUUCACCCUGGCCCUGUACUACGUGUACCAGGCCCUGGAGGAGGUGCUUGAUGGGCAUGCCAGCCAUCCCGCGGUCAGCGGGAUCUACUUUCCGCGAGAGCUCCGCCGCGCCGGGCGUCUGGCCGCCGAUGUGGACUUCCUGCUUGCCGGCCGGGACAUCACGGCCGGCGCCCCGAGCGCCGACGCCGAGGAGGCCCUCUUCGCCGAGGCCGGUCGCCUGGCCGAGGCGGCCCUCAAGCAAACGCCCCCUGCCAACUUGGAUGCGCUCGGCCUCAAGGCGGAUGACUGGCGCCUGAGCGGGCCGACCCCGGCGGCGAAGGCCUACGCCGCGCGCCUGCGCCUCAUCGCCGAGAAGGACCCCGCCCGGCUGGUGGCGCACGCUUAUGUCCGGUACCUGGGGGACCUGUCCGGCGGGGCGCAGAUUGCCACCCGCGCCCGGCGCCUGCUGGCCUUGCAGACGGCCACCACGGCCAACAGCGACCUUGGCGCCGAGUCGACCCAGCACCGGCGCGGGUCGCCCGGGCUGCGGUUCUUCGCCUUCCCAGCCGUGGACCAUGUCAACUCCUUCAAGGAGUCCUUCCGCGCGGCCCUCGACGCGGUUCCGCUUUGCUUCGACUUCGACCCGGCGGCCGCGCUGGCGGCCGAAGGAGGCCCCGGCGCCCCGCCGGCCGGCUGGUGGGUCGAGGGCGAGGAGGAGGACUUCCUGGCCGGCUACGGCCAGGAGACCGGCUUCGCGGAUGGCCUGACCGCCGACGCGCUGCCGGCCACCAUGGCCCCCGGCGCCGCGGGGGGGUGUCCCUUUGCCGUGGCGGCCGGCGGCCGCAAGGGCGUCCCCACCGCCGACCAAGCCGCGGCCGAUUCCCCGGCCGCCGGCACCACCGCCGGCCCUUCGCCCUCCGACGACACGCCGGCCCCCCGGGCGAGUGGCUGCCCGGUGACUGCCGCACGAGAGCUUCACCGGCGCCGGCGUCUGCGCACCCUGGUGGCCGAGGCCGCGCGUGCCUUCGACCUGUCGGCCGACCUGCUGGCCGAGGCCGAGGCACGCGCCGUCGAGCACGACGCCCGGGCGGCUGUUUCGCCGACCCCCGCUGCUGCUGCUGCUACUGUGGCCGCCCGGGAGCCACCGGCGCCGCGCAUCUCGCCGGCCGCCAUCGCCGCGCACCACAUGACCAAGCAGCAGCAGCAGCAGUCCGCCUGGCCAUUCUCCACCACCCAGGCCGUUUCCCUUGCCAUUGCCAUCUCGGUUCUCGUGUAUGCGUACUUUGUCCACUCGGCGGAUCGGAGUGCCGGGCUGAUCCUCUCGUAAUGCGCUGGCGCGCCGUUGAUGGAUGGUCUCCUGCGUGGCCCCCCCCCCGCCCUUCCUCUCCCGAUCAUGGAGAGGGGGGACAAUAAAUGCCUCUCUCUC